GUAGCGGGCCGCGGACAUGCAGCGCGGCGGGGAGGGGGAGGAGGAAGAGGAGGAUGGCGAGGACGAUGGCGGCCCCGAGAGCGCGCUGCAGAAGAGCCCCUUCCAGCUGACGGCUGAGGAUGUCUACGAUAUCUCCUCCGUGGUGGGCCGGGACCUGCUGCAGCUCAGCGCCGGCCCCGAGGUGCCCGCCGCCGCCGCACGGCUGCAGUUCAGCAUGGUGCGGGUACUGGAGAUGCUGGAGGCGCUGGUGAGCGAGGGCAGCCUGACCGAGGAGCAGCUGAGGAUGGAGCGGGACAGCCUGCGGGCCGAGCUGGAGGCGCUGCGGGGGCGCGCGGCCGCGGGGAGCGCCCAACAGCCCAACUUGGGACCAGAUAAAAUGGUGAUCGACCUCACGGAUCCAAAUCGCCCUCGGUUCACAUUACAGGAACUGCGAGAUGUAUUGCAGGAACGUAACCAGCUGAAAGCUCAACUUCUCGUGGUGCAAGAGGAGCUGCAGUGCUACAAAAGUGGGAUCAUCUCACAGAGAAAGGACCAAGCUAAAGAACUGGAGAAGGAACCCUGUGACAGCAACCCAAGCACCAGCAAGGACAGCCAUGAGAAGACAAUCAUCAAACGGCUGUUCUCUUUUAAACAUGGAAAAUGAGCAUUCUUGAAAACAGCCACUUCUGCUCAGAAAUGGCCCCAGUGGAAACAUCUGAAGGAGUGAGGAGUCAGGAACAGUAAAACAAAGCAUCACUCUUACUGUAGAGAAUAAGCAAUCUCAGAAGAAUUGUUGUACAAUAUUCUUUCAGAAUAGGCUUUACUUUGCUUUUUUAGCAACCAUUUUACACAUGUAAACAUUUUGAUUGUUGGAUUCCUUUCAGACAUUACUUCUGAAAAAAAUAAAUGUUUAUAUAAA